AUGUUGGGCGGGAAAGCCGUCUCCAGCGCUGACAAGGAUGGAUUUGUGAAAGUGAAGAGGCGUGAGCUGGAGAGACUGACCACCGAAGUCAUGCAGCUCAGGGACCUCCUGCCCAGGGUACUCAACGGGGACCUCAUGGAGAUGCUGAACAAGGCCAAGGCCGCACAGACAAUGUCUGUGGUGAAGGAGCAGAUGUUCCAGGAGCAGGAGCGUCUACGACUGGACUUUGCUCACGUCCAGAGCCGACUGGAGGCUUCACAGGCCGAGUGUCAGAAGGAGAGAGAGGAGAAGCUGCUGUUGAGGGAGCAGCUGUGGCAGAGCGGCACAGAACUUCAGCAGCUGGCAGACUUCUGCUCCAGUCUGGGCUCGGCCUCCUGCUGCCUGCUGUGGAGCUGUGCGGCCAAAGAGGACAUCAUCACACUGUGGCUGUCCGACCACGGGAAGCUGCAGUCCUUCUUGGUCAUCGCCGCUCAGACCCUGGAGAGUUUCGUCUGUUCUCUGGACGACGACGUCAAAGUCCAGACUGAAGACCCCAACUCAAAGGAACACACAUUUGUGCUGGCGCUGGCUGGAACCAUCACCAACAUUGCUGCUGUUACCAAUGGGCGGGACUUCCUGUCUAACUCCGCCCACAUGCUGCUGGACACGCUGAUACGGCUGCUGGAGCGGAUGAAGCCGGGAAUGUUCCCCAAACUCAAAGUGCUGAUGCUGAUGGCUCUGUACAACGUGAGCAUCACUAUAAAAGGACUCAAGUACAUGAUCAAGAACCCCGGGCUGCUGACCGCCACGCUGAACCUGCUGGGGGACCGGGACUGGGAGGUUUCCCUGCACUCCUUGCGCCUGCUGCAGUCUCUGGUCCUGGAGGACGAGGCUCUGCUGGUGCUGGGGCCCGCCGUGCAGGACCCGGAGCUGGAGGCCCAAGUGCAGAAGCUGGCGUCCAGUGCACAGCCGUGUGUGAGGGAGGCGGCGCAGCAGACUCUGGACGACCUGCAGGCGGCGUACAAGAAUCAAAAGUCUAAAGUCUCCAAACUCUGA